UUUUGGAACCCUCAAAACAGUAGUAACUGCGCGCUGGAAUGGAACAGUUCUGUACGCAAUGAUUUUGAAAUCUCAUACUGCUUCCAAAAACCGAAGUGUGGAUUUUGAUAAAUACGCUGUAUUGUUAAGUUUAUUUACGUUUUUUGAUAAGCGUUUUGCGGUAUACGCAAAAAAAUUGAUCUUGUUUUAGCAGUAGCUAUCCGACAUCAUUUGGUUUGUUUAAAAAUGGCGAACUGCUGUACGCAAUGGAAUCCGGAAUCGUGACUGAAUACUCAGAUAGACAGAUACUGUCAACUGGUUUCUAAUUAGAAAUCGUGAGGAGAAUUAGCCGUUAUCCGUAAUCGCACUGAUAUUAUCGGGAGUUUGUUUGUAAAUAUUAUUUUCCUUUGUUUUUUUGUCUAUCACUCUGUCUUCGCGCAUUCUUCGAGUUUCCGAAGACCAGUUUUGUCUCGAUUGAUUACAUGUUUGGAACCAGGGUGGAAUGGAACAGGGUAACUCUUCUCACAAGCGUCUUCGGAAAACGAAGGGAUGCCACGGAUCUCUUUCACGAAUGACGGAAAGCGAGCAGCGAAGAAUUUUGGCGCAAUUCGAAGAUGAAAGCUCGGACUCCAACCAAGAGACUUUAGGCAUAAAAAUCGAAGAUCGCCACGACUCGCCGGGCCAUCUGUGGCAGCAUUUGGAUAGUGAACCGAUCGAAUACCACGAGGAAUUAUCGCCGUUUAUCGAGGAUUUUAAUCUGGAUGCUGAAGACAAUUUCGGAUCGACCGACGAGCAGGAUCUGGAUGAUGGCGAGCAAGAUGGUUUGUGCAUGGAGUACAAAGGAGGCGCUUCCCAGGAUGUCAAACCAGAUCUCGGCCAGAUCGAAACCGAAAUAUUCGAUGAACAGGAUCCGGACGGAAACAACGAUGAUCUACAGUUCAUGCAGAUGCAAGACGGAGCUCCGUCGUAUUCCAUUCUUCCUGCUGACGCCAUCGGUCCGAAACGCUAUCGCUGUGAUUUCAACGGAUGUAACCGUACUUAUAGUACCGCAGGAAAUCUGAAAACACACCAAAAAACUCACCGAGGGGAAUAUACGUUUGUGUGCAGCGAAGAAGGAUGUAACAAGCAGUUUCUGACUUCGUAUAGUUUGAAAAUCCAUGUUCGAGUUCACACCAAAGAAAAGCCCUACAUUUGCGGUAUUAAUAACUGUAUGAAGGCGUUCAAUACGCUGUACCGGCUGCGCGCUCACCAGCGGAUACACAAUGGCGACACUUUUAAAUGCGGCCAUUGUGGGAAGUGCUUUACAACAUUAAGCGAUCUGCGGAAGCACGCUCGGACCCACACUGGAGAAAAGCCUUUCGUGUGUCAACGGGAGGGUUGUGGGAAAAGGUUUUCAGCUAGUCAUCAUCUAAAAACGCAUCUGCGAACACACACGGGUGAAAAGCCUUAUGUUUGUUCCGAAAAGGAAUGUAUGAAGUGUUUCAGUACCCAGUAUAGUCUGAAAAACCACACGAAACGCCACCGCCGGUUAUUGCAGUACAUCGGCAGUUGUUCAAAUGCAGGCGAGAUGAAUGGGACGGUGGACGAUUCCCUCGAGCACUCGCCGACGCAAGCCCAUUCUGUCAAUAUUCCUGUAGCUCUACGUUUUCUGAAAAAGAAGAUGGAUGGCCACGAAUAUGAUUCUUCGGACGGACCUUGUGAAACACUAGACCUCAGCAAGAACGGACCUCAUGCUUCUCCUGCCCAGCAACCCUUUCUCUUGCCAUCCCUAAACGCUUUCUUAGUCAAAAAGGAAGAUUCUCAAAUACCGAAGCUAUACCACUCCUCUAGCAGGUUUGGCAGUGGAUCAGCCAGUGCUAUGGAUGACUUGCCCAAGCUGAAACCUGCGACUUCCAGUAAAUCUGUUCGAAAUUCGGCAGAUGUGUAUAAGCCGGUGUCUCGUUCUACAUCUUCGAAUAGUAAUUUCGUAUGGGCAGCAGCUAGUGCCACCUCUCACUCGAAUCUGGGCCUGAGUCUCAGCAGUUUUGCGUUUGAUGGCUCUGUGACGCAGAUGGCGGAACAACUGUUCGAACCGACCCCUUUUGGGGCGAAUUUGUUUGAUUUAGCGGAGAUUGCGCCCAUGACCUCGGCAGACUCCAACGCCAGUUUUCUCGUGGCAAUGUCUUCGUCUUAAUUUUUCCUGUAUGUGACGAGUCCCCGUUUUCCGCAUUUUUCUGAUAAUUUCAAACUUUGUGUUAUUACGAACUGUGUUAAGGAGAGGCACGAGUUUUCGCACACACCGCUGUUAAUUCAGUGUUUGGGUUUUUUUGUUGUAAGUUUGGAUUGUAAGGCGACCGUAUUUGGGACUGGUGUUUUUGUUUUUUCCUGAUCAGUAUCUUUCGUAUUUGUUAACGGCGGUCAGUUUUUGGAUUUCGGUUGGAACAUGGCGGUGCUGCAUGCAAAAUUGCGAAUGCAGCAUCACCCUGGUUUUAUUUAAUUAUCGUGCAUGCUUGGUUUUCUAUUUCGUAUGUACAUGUCUUAUAGUAAAAAUGACUCAAGUGGGAACAUCAA